AUGGCACUGCUGCUGCCGCCCUCCUGUCGAUUAAAUGCCGCUUCCCGGGAGGGGGGCAGAGGCCCCCCCGCCCUCACCAUCGGCCCAUCCCGGCACCAUUACUGUGCCCCGCCGGCUUCCGCGGCCCCGGGGGAACGCCUCUUUCGCCGCGACGGGAAGAGGCGGGCAGGGUGCGGGGGCCGCGCACAGCGCGCAGCGUCCGCUGCCGGGGCUCGGCAAAGCCCCGCGGGCCGCAGCUCCAUCCGGUACUCCGCCGCUUCCCGGAGGCUUCCCAUCUCUUUCCGCCAGGGCCCGAGUUCGCAGCGCAGCCCGGCGGGCUGGGGGCGGCACCGAGCGCCCGCCCCGCCCCUCCCCUCCCCGUUGGAGGCAGGCGGCCGGAACACCCGUGGCAGACGCGAAGCCCCGUCGCGACAUGGCCGGCCGCCGCCUUCUGGGCUCCUCCUCGCCUUCGCCGCGCUGCUGGGCGCAGGUCAUGGAGACAAGCCGGGUGACUUCAGCCUAGAAGAUGCCCUGUAUGAACUCAGCACCAAGCGACCGACUCCCAAGGGCCCCAGGAAGCCGGCAGGUGAUACAGCAGGCUUUGAUUUGGCUGAUUACUUUGACACCACUCCAGAGACUACCACCAAACCAGCCAAGCCGACUCCAAAGCCCUUCCUCACGCCAGGGAAGCCAGACAACAGCUUUUGGGAUGUCAUCCGCACCACAACCAAGCAGCCAAAAACUACGGGCCCCCCCCGCAAACAUAACCCAGCAAAGAAUCCUAUGGAUUUUGACUUGGCUGAUGCCCUUGAUGAUAAGAACGAUGGGAAAGAUGCUAGGAGGCCGGACAUAAGGCCAGAUGAAGGGCUUUCAGACGACGACCUCGCUAGCAUUGUGGACGGUGGCUACAGCCCAGACAAGAAGAAAGGUGCGGGGGGCAGCACCGACAACGACUACGGUGGAAGCACAGUGGCAGAGACAGGGACGAUCGCUGGCAUUGCCAGCGGCCUAGCCAUGGCGCUCAUCGGGGCUGUCACCAGCUACAUCUCCUACCAGCAGAAGAAGUUCUGCUUCAGCAUCCAGCAGGGACUUAACUCGGAGUAUGUGAAAGGAGAAAACAUGGAAGCUGUCGUAAGUGAGGAACCCCAAGUUAAAUAUUCAGUCCUGGAAACACAGUCAGCAGAACCACCAAAACAAGACAGUGCGAAGAUGUGAAGCAUGACCCAGGGCUAGAAAAGAAUCAGUCAGCAGCAAACGGAGAUCUUACAUGCUUGUAAUUUAGCUUUUUAUUUGACUCCAAAGCUAUUUAAUGUGUACUUAGGCUUGAACUGGCUUCUUAUUGCUCUAGGCUUUAGGGUUAGAGUGGUUGUGUGUGUUUAUUUUUUGUAAAGAGGUACAUGUUUACACCAAAGUAAAUUGUAGGUUUGAUGUCCAGUUGUAUGCAAACCAACAGAAGGUGCUUCAGCAGUGGUCAAUUUUAAAUUAAGGGACAAGGUCUUUUCCAAGGAGCAGAGGAGCUUACAGGUGGGAGGCCAGCAAAGUGCCUGUGAGUAGGGAUCCAAAGGAAACCACUCAAAGUCUUGGUAAAGCACUUCCAGCCAAAUUCUGCUAUCAGCUAUGGGCAUGUCACUUCCAGCUGCACAUUUCCUGAGGGUAGACUGUGGUCCUUAGUAUAGCUACACCUAAAAAUGAAGUGCCUAUGGGUAGGUCCUCAGGUGGGGCCUCGGGCUGAGGCAGGUGACUCCCUGCUCCCAAGCCAAGUGGAGGAUGCUGUACCACCACCCAGCACUGGGCUUCUAACCAAAUAAAAGGGCCUAAUUUUCACACCAAGUCAUGAAUACAGCAGUGAGUGCAGUGCUCACUUACAGCAAAUACCAUUGGAAUACUUGACUAUGCUAGAGAUCAGAAUGGAGCUGAAGGUGCCAAGCAAUAUAGUUUGUGUGGCAUAUCUACGUCGUCACCAAAAUGGAAAAUGUGUGUGUUCGGAUGCUUUCAAGAACAGGUUCAGACCUCACUAGAACAAAUUACAGAUUUAUCCCCAAAGAAAAUAAACAAAGUAGGUAUGUGUUAAGACCUGUGCGCUUGCUACCACAGAAAUCAAGCUUAGCAAGAUGCAGUCCCCCCACCUUCUCCUUUUAUCAACAACUGCUGAGAGCACUCUGUGGCACCCAAGGCAGAAAAAGGAUCUAAAGCGUUGUGCCACCAGCUACCCUUUAGAAAAGGCAGGAUCUCCUGAGAGGAUGGGUGCUCCCUCCAUCACUGUCCUGCAUGGGGCUCCUGCAGCUCUCUGGGAAGCAUUGGAUUGCGAGCAGUGCUCAGCAGGACACUGGGCUGCCAAAAGCACCCCAACCCUGAGUGCUCACACAACAUGGAACCACUACCAAGAUCUUUGCCAUCUUGCAAGAACUUGUGUUUGUGUUUCUAAUCGUUCCCGUUCCCCUGCUAAAAUGUGGAUACUGCCACUUCUUGACACAUUUAUCCAAAGCAAUGAUUGUUUAAAAAGCAUGCUUCGAGUGAAGACAAAUUCACUUUACGUAGUGUAAGAGGUACUUAUUAUUUAUAUAUAAACCUGAAAUGCGUGCAUUUUGUACUGUUCUGCAAAUCCCAUACUUUGUGAAUGUGUAUUAAACAAAAAGCCUUCCAGUUUGAUGUAGGAAUUCACAGCUUUCAGGUAGACGUGACUUACAGAAGGCCUUGGCAGGAGGUGGAUCAGCCUAGGAGUACUGCUGCCUAACAGCCCCAUUUGGAGGGAAGUUGCCCAGUAACAUGGUUAAGUAUUUUGCAGUAGCUGCACUAUUCUUUCUGCUCUUUUUAACACUUGCAUUUUUAAAGCCUUACACUAGCUCUAGCAGAACAACUACAGUGUUUUAUAAGGGAGACAAGUUCUAGUCUAGUGGUGUCUCGUGUGUUCAGAACACUUGGGCUACAACAGCACUGCUGUGAACUGUGGCUGCUUUGUUUUAUGAAUGUGUUUGGAUUAGAAAACAAAAAUACUUCAUGAUGGGCUGCUCAGAGAGUGGAAGCGGAGGAAAUAGAGAUGGGAUGCGCUCUGUGUUUGCUUACUCCCAGAGGAUCUUCAUGGAGGAAGUGUGGUCUGCGGGACUGGGAUCAUCAUGUGCAGGAGCUGAUGCCGAUGAAGCCACACAGCUGUUUGUGCAUCUCCAUUCCCAAGCACUGUCGCCUGUUUCGCUUUCUUAGCCAAGCACAUUUGACAGCUGUAGCAUGAAAAAUGUUUUUAGAAAGUUACUGUAGAUGGAGUGUUACAACUUGGCAUUGAGGAUCACUCGAAACAGUUUUCCUACUUUAGAUAAAGUGACUGUAAUUCCCUUUCUCCUUUUGCGGAUGAUCGAUGUGUUUUUCUGUAGAUGCAGAUCAUCGGGUUUACUGCAUUUCUAUUACUAUGCCCUCCCUGUUUGUCUAGUGGACAGUACAAUGGAAUGUCCAACAUUGCUUACAGAGUAUAGCACACCCCCUCCCCCCCCCCCACUUUUGGAAACUCUAGAACACCAGGACAUCGGAGCAGCAUGCGUCUAAUUCACAAAUUCUGCAGUUUAGAGAAGAAAAACCAGUCUAGUAGAAAGCUGUUUCACUGAACAAAAAAAACCCAACAGAUUUUAGAACUCAAAAGUUGCUCCUUUCCCCAAGGCCUUUUCUAAGAAUACAUACACCUUUGUGUGAUUUCUAGGUAUGUGGAAAACCAUAAAUGCACAGUGAGAGAGCACAAAUUUACAGUAGCAGAAUUCCAAUCUUUCUCUGGGAUUUAAAAUGGGAAAAUAGUGACAAAUAAUGCAGUAAAGAAAUUAAACUUGGUCUUCAGAACUAGAGGAAAGUCAAAGUCUUAAUGUGCCAAGUGUUAGUGAAGGCUCACGCUGGUUUUUACUGCAAUCUGUCUCCUCCAUGCGAAGUGUUAGUCUCUGAGAUACAGGGAGUUUUAAAACACAUCAUCUGUAUUUUAGGCAUUUUAACAACUGAGAGGAUUCCUGUGUAUUUCCCUAGUAGCGAUCCAAGUUCAGAAACAAGUGACCCAGCACUGACCUCUCUAACUACUUUCACUUAACUGGUAUCCUUUUUAAAUCUGGAUAUGGAAUUUUUACAGAUCCUGCCCUUAGGUUCUGUAUAUGUGAUAGGAACUUUCUCAUCCUUUAUUAAAAAGAAGGCCAUAAAACACUGGAAAACUGGUUUGUUGGUUGGAUUUUUUUUUCCCCCUCACGGUCCAAAACUUCCAUAUACAGCUAUCCUGAGAGUUUAUGUACUACCUGUGCUGUGAGCUCUUUUCUUACCACACCUCACUUCAGCUUAACUAAAGCUAUUUUUAAGUAGCAAUAAAAUGAUUCAGAAAAGUUUUCUCAAUUACAGAGAAAACAGAGAAUUGGAAGACUUUAACUAGCUCUUUUCUUAUUUAUUCUAUCAAUUACUUGCAUUUUCCUUUGGCAAUACUGUAGCAGUUUCUUCAUUGGCGAUUUUGCAGUACUGUAUUAGUUUCUUGGGUUUAGAUUCUUCAGUUGAGGAUACUGACAUGAAUAUCAGAUUUUUUUGGCACUAUAAACUCAAGUCAUUUUAAUGCAGCCCUGCUAAUGGACCCUUACAAGUGCUAUAUUGUCAUUCUUAACUACCCAGUAGUUGUGACAAAAGCGGAAUUAGUCCAUGAUACCGUUUCAGAUUCUGAGAAAGUAAGAUGAAUCGACAGGCUGAGGCUUAAAAACCUGCUUCUGCAACAAAGGAGGUUCAGGAACAAAUGAACUUCAGCAACACGGUAUUGUGAAACCAGAGAAUCUUUUCUUUUGAAUCCUUAUUUAAAAGCAAGGCGUAUUGUUUGCCAAUGCAGAAGUGAUCUAUACCAAAUGAAGGUUGAUUGUUAUGCUGUAAGAAAACAAGAUUCAUUUUGCUAAUGUGCAUGUAAGGAUCAGGGGGGUAAAAAUCAGAAUUUGACUACCAUUGGAAAACACCAAAUAAAACAAGUUGACAAGUAAGACA